AUGCGCGGGGCCAUUGUUGGGAAGGUCUUACUCAGCAGGCCUGUAAAUGGUGGCGGUUCCAGAGUCUGGGGCAGUGCCAGCCUCUGGGGGACGGCCGGUUUGAGCUGCCAGGGAGGGAAACAAAGCCGGAAGAUCUGGAUCUGGACUCUGAAUCUGGAUCCCGAGAAGAUCCUUGUGGACGUUUGUGAGCAGGCCUGUAAAUGGUGGCGGUUCCAGAGUCUGGGGCAGUGCCAGCCUCUGGGGGACGGCCGGUUUGAGCUGCCAGGGAGGGAAACAAAGCCGGAACAUCAAGAUCUGGACUCUAAUGUCCUCCUCAGCAUCAGGAUCUGGACUCUGAUGGCCCCCCACUUAGCCUUAGUAAGGGUUUCCCAGAUGCUGGGGCUGUUUGAACCAGAACAUUUGUUAAAAACAGGAAAUCAGCAGAGGCGGGAGGAGGCCGGCUGGUGGGUCCUGUUCCAGCGGAGCAACUUCUCCAGGUACCAGUACCUGCUGGGCCCGGGGGAGUACCAGGACUACGGCCUCUGGAUGGGCUUCCAAGACUGCGUCCGGUCCUGCAGGAUACUGACGUGCACGCGCAUCGUGCACGCCGCCAGCGUCACGUGGGACCCGUUUCCAGACAGAAACCAGAGUCCGGAUCCAGACCGGAACCAGACGGUCCCCCUGUUUCUGUUUCUGUUAGAGCUCUGA